UCGUUUGAUAUCUCCUCCCCUCUGGGAGCAUUCCACUACGCUACAUUUUGCUGCCUUGUCGCCACAACCUUUGCGGAUGCUUUGAAGAACGAGUUUGAAGCAGCGAGGGAUUCUUUCCUUGAAAUGCGUAAGAAGCAGGGAAAAGCUUUGCAGUGGUCUAUGGAGCACCAG